AUGGGGAUUGUUCUUGAAAAUACUCAUUUGAAGUAUUCAUUGGGUGAGUUUUCAGGAAAUUUCCUUGUUAGCAAGGAACCUCCACAUCGUCCAAUUUUGCUCGACUUUGGGCUUACAAAGAUGCUAUCAAGCUCUAUGAAGCAAGCUUUAGCAAAAAUGUUUCUGGCAUCUGCUGAGGGGGACCAUGUGGCACUCCUGUCUGCAUUUGCAGAAAUGGGACUUAAGUUGCGUCUUGACAUACCGGAGCAAGCCAUGGAGGUAACAAAUGUGUUUUUCCGUACUUCAAUGCCCGCAAAGGAAGCACUUGAAAAUACAAAAUCUUUGGUUGAGCAAAGGACCAAAAACUUGAAAGCCCUACAGGGAAAGAUGAAGCUCAACCCAAAAGAAGUUAAACGUUUUAAUCCCGUUGAUGCUUUUCCCGGCGAUAUUGUGAUAUUUUCCCGGGUUGUUAAUCUGCUUAGAGGUCUUUAA